ACCACCUCUUGGACUCUAGGCCUUUGCGGCCUCAGGGGGGGACCUUCUGAUUUGGCGGUGGAGGGUGCCGAGGGGCAGGAGGGGUCGCAUCGUGUCCGUACGUUGUCCGACUCUCCGACUUCUUGUCUUCCAAGCUCAACUCCGACGUCGAAUACCUGUUCCCCAACCUCGCCUCAUCCACACCGACACACCGCGUUUUCCUGUAUCCAAGCGGAACACCUCGAGAACAACCCCCUACCGUAACCAUGGCCUCCCACGACGAUGAUACCAUGCCCCCGGAGACUCAGGGCUACAAGCUCUCCCAGCCUAAGCAAAGUCUAGCCGAGUACCAACAAAUGGAUGCCGGAGAUGACUCUCUGCAGCGUUACAAAGAGUCUCUGGGCCUCGGCGGUGGCAAAGAUCUUUCCGAUCCCAACGAUCCUCGCGUCUGCAUCAUCGACUCGUUGACCAUGGAGUCUCCUGGCCGUGAUCCCGUCACUAUCGACCUCUCGGAGCCCGGCUCGGAGGCGACCCUCAAGGACAAGCCUUUCAAGAUCAAGGAGGGUGCCAAGUUCACCAUGGUCGCCAAAUUCAGGGUUCAGCACGAGAUUCUCAGCGGUCUUCAGUAUGUCCAGGUCGUCAAGCGGAAGGGCAUCCGUGUCUCCAAGGAUUCCGAAAUGCUGGGAAGCUUUGCCCCCAACACCGAAAAGACCCCCUUCUACACGAAGCACUUCCAGGAAGAGGAUGCGCCGUCGGGCAUGCUGGCCCGUGGCCACUACAAUGCUGUCUCCAGCUUCGUCGACGACGACAAGAAGACCCAUCUGUCUUUCGAGUGGUCCUUUGAUAUUGCCAAAGACUGGUAAUCCUGUUCACGCGUGGAGCCGACUCGAGUCGGGAUCCUUAGAUGCCUCUUCCUGCUCGUG